UCCGCGCCGCCAUGACGAUGGACUCGACGUCCGCGUCGUCGUCCAAGGCGCACGCGGACGCGGCGACCGAGGCGAGCGACCGCGAUGCGCGCAACGCGUCCAAGGAUGACGCCUCGCGCAAGAAGCGGCGAGUCGCAGCGCAUGAGCCGCGGCCAGCAGCAGGUGGCCGACAGCCUCAACCAGCUGGACCGCCGCAAGCACGCGGGCAUCCACCACCGCGUCGAGGAGGAGGAGCGGCGUCACCAACUCGAGUCACUUUAUCCUACACGUCGAGUCCAGGAUGAUGAUGAUCUGCAGGAUGAUGAAGAGUGCCGACGCCACGCGCGCUAUGUCCACGUAUCCGUCGAAGAAAUCUACCCCCACACA